UUGUCAGGUUUACUAGUUCAGAACAAAAGCUUUUUUCUUAUUCAUAAGCUGAGCUUUUAAUUUUGUCUCAAGGCAUCGUCUCUUAGCACGAAGCAACAUGUAUCAGCAAGUUUAAACAAUUAACAAAAGAAAUGUUUAAUUGUUUAGUAAUGGUAUUAAAAGGUAGAUAAAAGCUGGCUAGCUUGGAAGACAUCGAGUGAGCAGUUCAGUCGUUUUCGAACCAUCUUUACAGUGUAUGCUACUAAAUCGUGCGAUGGAAAGAGUGAUCCUGAUCGUGUUGCUUGCGGSUGUUUGUGUCUUUGCAAGACCAUCACAGGAAGAUUCUGGAGAGUGUGCUGUUGCCAGUUCGCAUCGAUGGGAGUGCGGCUGGCUUGGUAUUGAUGAGCAAACCUGUKUAAACAGAGGUUGUUGCUGGGACUCAAGCGACCGUAAUGCAAAGUUCUGCUUUGUCAAGAGAGGACAACACCUUCUUGAAGGACAGUGUCCCGUUGCGCCUUCUGAACGCCAGGAGUGUGGAUACAGAGGUAUCACCAGAGACGAAUGCCUCAAAAAAUACUGCUGCUGGGAUGACUCGGUACCUAAUGCCAAAUGGUGCUUCAAAGAGCCAAAAUUGCUUCCUGCCGGCUGCUAUAUCUAUCAUGGUGUGUCUGGGGUCUGUCGUUACACUUGUCACGCUGGAGAGAGCAAGGCUUAUGGGAUGUCUUUUUGCAGUGGACGAAUUUGCUGCUACACCGGCACAACUAAUGGAAAGUGAUCUCAACAGUACAUUUGGUGGGACUUUCACUUUCAAUUUGAGACUAAACCGUCAACAAAAAAAUAAAUUAAUUUGUUUUAGUAAUAUAAAAGAUAUAUAGG